AUGAAUGUACCUACGGAGGCAAUCAAAGCUCAAUUGCUCUGCGACAUUCCCACUUCCUCCUCGACUCGACAAGCCCCAAACUCAACUCGCGAACAUGUUGGGUGUUCCGUGGCUACCGGCGAUGGCUCCCUCCCUCCCGUCCUGCUCCAGAGGGCAAAGAAGCUCGCUGCUGAGCACGAGCAGCUAAGCGCGACUCUUGCGACCGGCUUCGACGCCAAGACAGCGAAGCGUGCCGGCGAGAUUGCCAGCGUCGCUACGGCACUGAAGGACUGGGAGGCUGCCAACUCCUCCGUCGCCGAGCUACAGGGCAUGCUCGGCUCUAAAGAUGCCGAACUGCGAGAGCUCGCCACCGAUGAGCUGGAAUCUACAAAGGAGCAGAUACAAGAGCUGGGCCGGAGGCUAUCGACAGCCCUGACGCCGAAGCAUCCCUUCGCCGACAUGCCCUGCCUGCUCGAGUUCAGGCCGGGGCCGGGAGGCAUGGAGGGCCGCUUCUUCACCGACUCCCUGUUCAAGAUGUACCAGGGCUACUGCUCGCACAAGGGGUACAAGGCGCGGGUGGUCAAGUACGAGGUGUCGGACGGCGCCGGAGACGCCACGGGCUCGAGCGGCGAGAGUCCCAUCCAGGAGGCCAUCCUCGAGGUGCAGGACCCGGGGUCCUACGACGUCUUCAGGGGCGAGGCGGGCAUGCACCGCGUGCAGCGCAUCCCCGCCACCGAGAGCAAGGGCCGCACGCACACCAGCGCCGUCGCCGUCUGGGUGCUGCCCUCCUUCCCCGAGGCCGGGGCCGACGAGACGGCCGCCGACGUCAACGACCCGGAGAGCGACUUCUACGUCAACCCGGACGAGGUGCGCACCGAGACGAUGCGCGCGCGCGGCGCCGGCGGGCAGCACGUCAACAAGACCGAGUCGGCGAUCCGGCUGACGCACGUGCCGACCGGCACGGUGGUCAGCAUGCAGGACUCGCGCUCGCAGCACCGCAACCGCGAGGAGGCCUGGCGCCUGCUGCGCUCGCGCGUCGCGCAGCAGCGCCGCGAGCAGCGCGAGGAGCUCGCGCACAGCAUGCGCAACAGCGUGCUGUCCAAGGACCGCAUCACGCGCGCCGACAAGAUCCGCACCUACAACUACAACCAGGACCGCUGCACCGACCACCGCAGCGGCCUCGACGUCCACAACCUGCCCGACGUGCUCGAGGGCGGCGAGACGCUCGACCGCGUCGUCGCCAGCGUGCGCGAGUGGCUCGCCGAGCGCGACGUGCAGGCCGUCAUCGCCGAGGAGGAGGCCGCCGCUGCCGCCGCUGCAGCGGGUAGUGGAGACGCCGCGCCGAAGAAGGGAAAGAAGUAG